AUGAGGCCGGGCGGUACGCAGUUUGUCUCAGGUGAAAUUCAUCGCCUGCGUACACUAGAGGAUUCUGCCAUCGCACACCAGCCAAACUUUAUAAGAAUCCAUUCUAUUUCUGCCUUUGAUAUAGAUUUGAAAUGGCAGAGAGGUGAUUUAGGCAUCCAUUUUUGUCUUUGCAGUUUUGAUGUGGAGAAUGGCCUUCCAGUGGGACGCAGUCCUCUGGACUCUCAGACUAGCCCGGGCUCUGGUCUGGUACUUCAGGGCAACUACCCCCACAGUCAGCGCCGUGAGUCCUUCCUCUACCGCUCCGACUCAGACUUCGACCUGUCCCCUAAAGCCAUGUCCCGAAACUCAUCCACUGCCAGUGACCUGGAGGAGGGAUUGAAGCAUUGGGAAGUCAAUUGGCUACCUCGACACGGAGAAGACAUGAUAGUAACUCCAUUUGCCCAGGUUCUUGCCAGUCUGCGAACAGUGAGAAGUAACUUUGCUUAUCUGACGCAUCUCCAAGAUCGUGUGGGAAAUAAACGACCAUCGGGCAGUAACCAGACACCUCUGAGUAAGACUUGUCUCACAGAUGCGGAUGUUUUUCGCAGAGUAUCGGUCACUUUUCUGACCCACAGCGUGUGCUUCUGUGACCUUUCAGAGGAGCCUUAUCAGAAGCUGGCAAUGGAGACACUGGAGGAGCUGGACUGGUGUCUGGACCAGCUGGAGACUCUGCAAACCAGGCACUCAGUCAGCGAGAUGGCGUCCAAUAAAUUUAAGAGGAUGCUGAACCGUGAGCUGACACAGCUGUCGGAGACAAGCCGCUCAGGGAAUCAGGUGUCAGAGUUCAUUGCCAGCACCUUCCUCGAGAAGCAACAUGACUUGGAGAUCCUGUCUCCGCCUCUUAAGGAGAAGGAGAAGAAAAAGAGGCCGAUGUCCCAAAUCAGUGGCGUAAAAAAGGUUACGCAAAGCCCGAGCUUAGCCCCGUCCUGCAUCCCUCGCUUCGGAGUCAACACACCGCAUGAGAGCCAGCUGGCCAAAGAAAUCGAGGAUAUCAAUCGUUGGGGUAUGGACAUCUUCAAACUAGCAGAAUAUUCAGGAAACCGGCCUCUGACGGUGAUCAUGUACUCCAUCUUCCAGGAGCGAGACCUUCUUAAAACCUUUAAGGUGCCAAAUGACACCUUCAUUACUUUCAUGAUGACCUUAGAGGACCACUACCAUGCAGAUGUAGCUUAUCACAACAACAUCCAUGCAGCUGACGUGGUGCAGUCCACCCACGUCCUCCUGUCCACCCCAGCCUUAGAGGCAGUGUUCACUGACUUGGAGAUUAUGGCUGCUCUGUUUGCCAGUGCCAUCCAUGAUGUAGACCAUCCAGGAGUAACAAACCAGUUCCUCAUCAACACCAGUUCAGAGUUGGCUGUGAUGUACAAUGAUGCCUCCGUACUGGAAAACCACCACCUCGCUGUUGGCUUCAAACUACUGCAGGAGGACAACUGUGACAUUUUCCAGAACCUCAGCAAGAAACAGAGAGAGUCUCUCCGAAAGAUGGUGAUCGACAUGGUGCUGGCCACAGAUAUGUCCAAACACAUGAACUUCUUGGCGGACAUGAAGACAAUGGUGGAAACCAAGAAAGUGACGAGUCUUGGAGUCCUGCUGCUAGACAAUUACUCUGACCGCAUCCAGGUUCUACAGAACAUGGUCCACUGUGCCGACUUAAGCAACCCAACCAAACCACUGGAGCUUUACCGCAAGUGGACAGACCGCAUCAUGGAGGAGUUCUUCACCCAGGGAGACAAAGAGCGGGACAAGGGGAUGGAGAUCAGUCCGAUGUGUGACAAACAAAAUGCCUCCAUAGAGAAGAGCCAGGUGGGGUUCAUCGACUACGUUGCACACCCCCUGUGGGAGACCUGGGCAGAUUUGGUGCAUCCGGACGCUCAGGACAUCCUGGAUACGCUGGAGGACAACAGAGCGUGGUACCAGAGCAUGAUCCCCCGAAGCCCCUCACCCUCCAGCCCCGAGGAGCACCACGCCGAGGUGGGGCCGGCUGAUGGAGCUGGGGGCGCGGGGGGACCCAUCAUGUCAGGAGGACUAGUAGGAGGCGACAAGUUCCAGUUCGAACUCACCCUGGAAGAGGAGGAGGAGGACGAGGAAGAGGCGAGGUCCGACGCGGAGAGCCCCGUGGAGGAGGACUUCCCCCCCGGCGGCGAGAGGCGGCGGGGCUCCUCCUCCCCGUCUCUGUCUCCGGACCCCCGCGGCGGCAGAUACCGCCCCCCGUCGCCCCACCCGUCUCGGACCCUGAACCUGGCUUCCAUGUCCGUGCGGAGCCCCCACCCCCACCGGACGCUGGCCUCCCCGGGUCAGGAGGGGGCCGGCAUGGACAGAGAGCUUAGCCAGGAGGGCGAAGGCGUGGCCUGCCUGCGCAUGGGCACGUAAUAACCAGCACAAGCGGCCCGGCCCGAAGCACACAGGCGUGGGGUGUGCGGAGGCCCGGGCACGUCAAGCCUUUCCAAAUAAUGUCUGUAAUACACCACAGUCCCUUUACACUGGAGACACCCUCUCUGGAGAGAGCAGAGGAAACAUUCUUCCUCUGUCUUUUUAUUUUUCUCAACAAGAUUUAAUCCUUUAAGCCUCUGAGCGUCUGAGAGGCCUUAGUGUCCCGUCCUGGUUUGCUGUAGCUUCUGUCAGGGGUACUCCAGACAAAAAAAAACUGUUGCAUUCAAACUGGGAAGAAGAUCAGAUCCGCGGCCUGUACUCAAAUGAAAGAGAAAGGAAAAGGAAAUGUCUUCCUUCAAAAUAACUGUGAUGUCUGGACAUGAGCAGUGAAUGAGGAUCACAGCGGUGUGACAGGGUCUUGGAAAAAAAAAAAAAUUGCACCGUAGAAUAAUUUUAGGACACGAGAAUAUUGAGUCCUAGUUGGGAAAAGUGAGUAUGAUUCUUUUAGAAUGACGUGUGAGAGUAAUCAUUUUAACCAAAUACAGGAUGUAAAUGAGGAGCAAGAAAAUCAGUGGACAUUAACCUCAGGGUAUGAAGAGAAACACAAAUCUAAUGUAGCACAGAUGUAAUCCUGACAAAAAAACAGUUGUUUUCUUUCCCUUUUUUUUUGCCUCCAAAUGAGGAACGUUGUUGUUCAACGUCUCCAGAUUUACUAUAACCCCUUUAAUAGAGAAUUUGGCAGUUGAAGCAAUCAAAUCCUUAAACCAGCUUGUGGCGCCACAGAUUUUGAGCUGAAGACUGCACCCAGUCUCACUCGUCCAGAAGACAAAUGACACCACUUGUAUCAUUAGAGCUUUCCUCUUCUUUUUUUACAGUAUCUGAAAUUAUUUUAAAUGUUGUCAUUUUAAAUUUCAUACUGUUCCUUGUUAUACAUUUGCUGAUCUUGUAUGUAUUUAUGUGCUUAAAAGAAAAGCAUUUUUUUUAAUCAGGUGCCUCCAGUCCGUAGUAGCACUUUACCGUUUCUGCCACUCUGCUCUUCUUUCAGUCACACAAAGGGCUUCGCUCACUGUAGGCCUACUGAUCACCAAAGUAUUACAGAGUAUUUGACUACAGGUACCAGAAGGCAGGGCAGGAAACAAACCAAUCUUUCACAGGAAAUUUUGGUGAAACAGUGAAAAAGGCUCCGAGCCCCCUGGUGGUCAAUUCAAGAUUAAUAUCCACUAAGGUUUGUGUCUCGGUUUUAAGAGCUUAUGUUCAAAAUGUCUGUUGUUUAUAAUUUAUCACUAUUAAUUUGUGGAGUAUAAAAAAGAUUAUAAUGGUUCUGUUUAUCAUCAGUCGACACUCUACAUCUUUUUUUUUCUCCAACAUGAAAUGAAACAAAGUGAAGAUUGACAUUGGAAACACUGGACCUUCUAAUAGACAUAAACACAGCCCUUUUCAGUUUGCGGCACGUCUUCUUUAAAAGGCUUGUGUUUCCAGAAUGUCGUUGUGAUGGAUCCGGUGCUUUGAGUUGAAGAGCUGAACCCUUUGAACUCCGUCCAUUGAAUAUUGACAGAUACACAAAGCGUGUGUGAGCUCAUAAUUGAUAUACUAACCCUCUCUGAUUUGCAUAUUUUCUAAUUAAAAAAUAACAAAACUGUGCUCUUACCACUCCAAAUCGAACUGAAUCGCAGUCAGAAUGUAGCUCCCAGCCUAAUUAAUAGUGUUAGUAUAUUAUGGUAAUCGCAGUUUUAUCGUUAUUGUCAUGUAAAUACAAAACCCCUCGAUAAACCAGCACCAAAAUGAAUGUCUUGGUAACAGCUUGUUCGUUUGUUUCACCAACAAUUUUUUUCCCUAAAAAUGAGUGUUAUAUCCAUGCAUUUAAUCCCUUCAAAUUGCCCCCAAAUAGUGAAGAAAUUACAUUUUCUGACAUUUUCAGUGUCCUGCUGUUACAUUGAAUCAUCCGUUAGUUUUUUGUUUUUUUAAAGGCUACCUCAUUUUGACUGUUCUGGGAAUAUUUAUGGGAUUUAUUAAAUGGGUACUGUCAGUUCAUGAAAAGGUGAACUGCUAGGCUUGCUGUCUCUUGACCUCAGUUUGAAACAUCUUGAGCUUGAAGAAAAGAUGCUUGGGCACAUUUGUCAAGCUUCACUUUGAAUGUUGCUGCUGGAGAGAAUUAUGAAAUUACAGUACAGUUUAUUUUAUAGAGGAUGGUCCACUGUUUCAAAUGCUUAAGGAGAUAAUACAUUUUCCUUUUUUUAAACUAUUUAACCAGUACUUAACAUCCCUGGCUGGUUAGAAAAUUCCACACCAUGGGGAACCUUUCCAAGCUUUCCAAAACUUCCCAUAACAUAGCCUCAAAAGGCUAAUCUUUGUUGAUCUUUGUUGUCACUUAACAACUUCUAUAUAGCUAGAUUUCCCAAAGGUUUGUUUUCCUGCCCGGCUGACAGAUACUGCUGUAGACCUCAGUUUUAAAAAACUGCUGACAGACAAGAACCUGUAGUCAAAACUGAAAACCGUGCUCCAAUCGGGAUAUCAGUCUCAUUUGGUAGAUAAAGCUCAACUGGAAUAACAGAAUGCCACAAGUGUCGAGAACUCCCAAACACCUGCCAGCCUACAAUGCUGUACAUUUUUACACUAGAGAUUUUAAUGAUUGUAUCAAAGUCACUAACUUUAUAGUGUUAGUUUUUACAAAUCAUACACGUUGACAGUAUUUAAAGCAGAUAUUUUUAGUAGACCGUGUGAAGUGUAGGAUCAGUUUCUUGCCCUUUGCCAAUCAAAUAGCUAAGACCACGAGAAUGUGCGUAGUUGAAGGCGUUUCAUUACCAGCGUUCAUGCUUCUCCAUACAAAGAACACAUUCAGUCAAGUGAUGCUUGUAACAGUCAUUAAGAGAAGAAAAAAAAAGACCAGGAAGUAAGCAAGCACUACAGAGAUGAUGCACUUCUUGGUGAGAAGGUAGUAGGAAACACUAGUCCAACAGUAUUUCAUUAUUCAGCAUCGUUGGUCGGUCUCUUAAAGGGGAGGUUUAAGCCCCAAGUGAAAUGACCAGUGCCGUUUUGAGCUGCUGACACUCAGACUGCUUGAGCUAGGGGGAAUUUUCAGAAAUAUUCAAGUAUCUGAAGUGUGUGAAACACUACAGAGGUAGAGAGUAAUACAGUUUCUAUUUCAGUGAAUGUACAGCAAACAUUUUCAACACCAAUCUCGUUGUACACUGUAUAAUAACAGAGGGCAUUCAUUUAACAAUCGACGUUCACCAGUAAAAAAAAAAAUGGUCACAAUCUGCUUGGCCCUAAGAUUUUAAACAAUUACACAUUGUUAGAUUUAACAGAAUUCUAAUUUUCUGGUAAGUCAGUUAAAUGGUCAACUUCCUGUCAUUUUAGUUUACAGCCGUUUGUGGACUGAUGUACCAACAAUCCCCCGAUGCCUUAAAAUGACUGAAAGCCCAUGUAAAAGCUUAACAUCUCCAGCUUUGUGACUUGAGGAGCACCAUACAAUGGGCAGACAUGCAAUUACUGUUAAAAAUCUUUUUUAAAAGCAAUUCUCUUGCAAAUUAUAUGUAGCAAAGUGUCUCGCCAAUGAAAAAAAAGAAAAAAAAGUUUCCAGUCCAUGCUAAGGGGAUUGUAUUCUGAAUAUCAUUAAAAAAGGAGCCGAAUCAUUUUACAUUUGGCAAAACAAACAUUUUGAUGUCAAAACGCCUCAUGUUAGAGGGCAUGAGCAAUAUUUUAAGUACUUAAAGUUCAGAGAAUACCCAACUGCUAGAACAUCUAAAGUGUGAGUAUUUUUUCCCCCCUUUAAAUUUUAGCUGCCCGCUACCUCUAUUCUGUUUCACCAUUUGGUUAUAAAGUUGACAGAUUUUCUCCAGUAGCCUACAGUCUGAGUUUUCAGCACGUUUUUUUUUUAAAAACAAAGAAA